GGAAAGAAGAUGAAAAGAAUUCGUUCGUUCCUCAGGAACGUGUGGACGGCUGUAAAGAGUCCGUCCGGCUGCUGUUCUGACAGUAAAGCUGUGGAUGUUGUGGAGCCUUUCGUUCCUCCACUAGAUCUGCUCUCGGAGCCUGAUUCUGAUUCACGUCAGUCCGGUGUCGAGCCAAAUCAUGACUCCUUUAAGUUUCUCUAUAACGCGGGAGAGAUGAUUGGAUGCGGAGGAUACGGAAGAGUGUUCAAAGGAACACGGAAAUUUGAUGACAAAAAGGUUGCUAUCAAGCGGAUGCGCAAGACUUCUGAGGAUCUUUAUCUCGCUAUUCCUGGGCAUCCCAAACCUCUCAUUGCAGAAGUGGCUGUGCUGCUAAUGAUGAGGGAAGAACCCGUAAGCCCGUACGCCAUACAACUACACGAUUGGUUUGAGCACCCUCGAAAAUUCACCCUGGUGAUGGAGUAUCCCGAACCCUGCGAGAGCUUGCUGGACUUCAUCUAUGAUAAUCCUCAACUGGACGAAUCAACAGCACGGCUCAUCAUGCGACAGGCUGUGCAGGCAGUGCAACACUGCAUUGAGCAUAAUGUCUUUUACAAUGAUAUUCAUGCGGACAAUUUCCUGGUGAAGAAAGACACUUUAGAGCUCAAGCUGAUCGACUUUGGCUCUGGACAGAUACUUAAUAGUGAUGGGUAUGACAGCGACGUUUACAUUGGAGUAAAGUUUUACUUCCCACCUGAAGUCCUCACAGAGCCUUGGUUUCACCCCGUCCCAGUAAAUGUUUGGGCUCUAGGAGUGUUGUUGUACGAGAUGGUGAACACAUGUCCUCCUUUUCAGAAUCCAAAGGAAAUCACAAAAGCCAAAGUUAGAUUUCAGAAUGCCAAAUUAUCCAACGGGUUGGACACACCAUCCAGUCUAUAAAGAACACUGGUUUAAAUGCAGGAUUGGAUGGAUAUCAUCCUGACAGGAAACUCAAGCCACUCACGUGAGCCGCUUCACCAGAGAGAUCAGAGCCUGUCCACAUCUGAGUAAGAACAUGAGAGACUGAAGACUGGAAAGGUAAGUUAAGUCAUGUCAUGACAGCCACAUUUGCUUUGGUAAGUCAAGUCACCUUUAUUUAUAUAGCGCUUUAUACAAUUCAGAUUGUUUCAAAGCCUUUUUACCUUGAUAACAGGAAGAUAAUGAUCAAUGCCUAAGUUUACAUGCAGAAAAUAACCCGUUCAAAACCAGGAUAUUAGCAAUAACCCGGUCGCGGUACUUAAGAAAACUAAACCGCACACACUUUGGGGACGAGCGCGGGGACGAGCGCGUCGAAGCUGUUGUGCUGCACGCGGGAGCCAACGACAUUAGGCUGCGGCAGACGGAGGUUCUGAAGAAGCCUGAUCGAGAUGGUACGCAGCACAAGCGCCUACUGCAACGAUCAUCGUGUCUGGACCGCUUCCCACGUACCGACAAGGACAGGAAAGGUU